CCUCCCCCACUUGCACACACACGAAUACAAAGAGCUGCACGACCUUCCAGCCAGUACCUGCUUCUUCCUAGUUGUUCCAUGGGCCUGAACUCCAAAGAUUACAUCUGGAGCUCAUUUUACCUACUUCGAAAGCACUGCCUGAGAAAUCCCCGGAGUCCCUCAUAAUCUCCUGAGCUGCCAUGUCGUUCAGCGCUACCAUUUUGUUCUCCCCUCCUAACGCGAAAGAAACUAAAUGUGGCUGCUGCACCUGCAAGCAGGAGCCGGGGGCUCAGGCGGCAGCCCCAGCGCCAACCCCCUCCCCACCCUGUACUCCCAUCACUGUUACAGGCACGGGGUUGGCGGUCCAGUCUUCCGAGCAGCUCCUCCAUGUCAUCUACCAGCGGGUAGAAAAGGCCGUGGGCCUUGCGGAAAUGUCUCUGAGCUUGGCCAAAGCCAACAAUGAGGCCCUGAAGCGCCUAGAAGAGGAAAUGGGGGUGCUACGUCGUGGAAUGGCCCCUCCUGUCAAAGCUAGCCCCUUGUGUGUUCCAGAGGAGAGGCAAGAAGAGAAUGAAGAGGAGGAGGAACGAGAGACUGAAGGCUUCCAAAAUGGUGUCCAGGUGGUCAUUGAAGAGCUGAGGCAGCUGGGAGCAGCGGCGGGGCCACCCGGGCCCUUGGGUUUCUCUCCUGUGCAGCUGGGAGCUGGGGGGCUUGGCGGGGUAGCAGAAGAAUCUCCCACAGUAGAUACCUCCAUGCAACGAGCCUAUGCUACACCCUCUUCUCCUGUUCCUCAGACAACUCUACCACCCCUGGAUGAUCCUCCUCUCUCCUGCCCAGAAGUGUCUCCCAACAGCACCACUCUGGAGGAUGCUACACAUGGGGAACCACGUUUUACUUUGGGCUUCGCAAGUCUUCCUUGUAGAAGCCGAAGCAUCGGGCAGAAGAACGCAAGGCGCAAGAGGGACCUUGUGCUCUCAAAACUGGUUCAUAAUGUCCACAAUCACAUCACCAACGACAAGAGGUUUGAUGGCUCUGAGAGCAUUAAAUCUUCAUGGAAUAUCUCUGUGGUGAAAUUCUUGCUGGAGAAGCUGAAGCAUGAAUUGGUAGCAAAUCACCACAAUUACACAGACAAAGAGCUAAAAGGAGCCUGCGUGGCCUACUUUCUGACCAAGCGACGCGAAUACCGUAACUCUCUCAACCCCUUCAAAGGCCUCAAGGAGAAGGAAGAGAAGAAACUGCGCAGCAGACGCUAUCGGCUUUUUGCAAACCGCUCGGGGGUGGCGCGCUUGCUAGGGCCGGAGGAGCAGCGGUUGUGGCAGGGUGUCACCGAAGAGCUCAUGUCUGACGAGGAGGACAGCCUGAGCGAGCCGGGGGUGUGGGUGGCACGUCCCCCACGAUUCCGGGCUGCUCCACUCACCCAGCUCUGCUACCGGCUUGACGCCAACUCGAAGCAUGGCACCAAAGCAAAUCGGGUAUAUGGACCGCCCUCAGAUCGCCUGCCCUCCGCCGAAGUUCAGCUUCUGCCCCUCCACCUAUACAAUUCCCAUUUUCAAGAGGAAGAAGCCGGAGCUGGUACACUCCCUUGCCCACCUGCCCACAAGGGCUUUUGUCCUGACCUCAACUCCUUUGUGGAGAUCAAAGUGGAAAAGGAUGAGUGACCUAAGAGGGCUGUCUGAAUUUCAUCUGGCAACCAAAAACAGAAGGGAGGAUAGUGGUUGGAACCAUGGAAGAUGCCGCGACUGUCCGCCUUUGGUUCUCCUUCAAGAUGGGCAGAGAAGCAAGUGGCCUGCCAUGCCCGGAAUGAAUAGGGAAGAAGACGCCCCUUCAGGCCAGAGGACCCAACUAUGGGUUGAGAUGGAGAAGAAAUGGAAACUGGGAUGAACAGAGCUGGAAAGCAGCCCUACGCAGUAAAGAUAGCAGACUUGUAUUCAGCAGGUUCACAGGAUGAGUAUGAAAGGGGCAGGAUUACAAAAGUAGCCCCCAAGCCUUAGACCAAGGCAAGCCUGAUACAGACUAGGAGUCCUUAUAAAAGAGGGCUGCAUUAUGUGAAAUGGUUGAUCGAGGAACAAUUACUCUCGGGCCCAUCCUAGAGAUCCUGGUACCGAAAGGCUGAUAAGGCGUCCUAAAGAGUGGGAAAUUGUUUUCUGUUUAAUGGAUCUGCUUUGGGGACUUCAGGGUGUAGUAGAUGCCUGGGGAACAUCUUGCUGUACGUCUUCAUGGGUUUGAAGAUGGGUCGAAAGAGGCAAUA